AUGCAGCCACGCCAGCAGCUAUCCCCAUGCGGCGAUUCAGCUUCUGAGGUGGGUUUCUCCGUCAUUUUUCCCGACUUCCCACGCAUAGGCGGCAGUACCACGUUGGAGACUCCUGAGGUCGGCACGACAAUCAGCUUGUACACAGUUCCGGCGAAUCUAAUUGGAAUACUUUCCGGCAAACCAUUCCCAGCCCUAAUCCGAAUUCUGACAAAGUCGGCCGACCAAUGA